CCCGCCCGUAAGCCCUAAUCUCGCACAUGCGUCAAGUCAUCGCCUGCCCCCGUUCCCAUUUCCGACCGAAAUUUGUCCGAGAUUUGCAGGAAUUUCGGGAUUUGUGGCCUCCGACUCGGAAGACCCGAAAGUGCCCUUUCUACUGAGUUCAGCAUAAUGUCAGGGCAGCGCGUGACGAGCAAACCGCACCAAACCCUAAAUCUCCUCAAUGUUCGACAGGAUCAGCUCCUGGAAGAGCUUCGCACAGUUGAAAAGCAGUUGUACGAUUUGGAGACCACAUAUCUGCACGACUCAAGCCAGUGUGGUAACGUGCUGAAAGGUUUCGAGGGUUUUCUUUCGUCGAUCAAAGGUUCUGGCAACUUGAAGCGGCCGCGAAAAUUUCAACCUGAAGAUCGUCUCUUCUCUUUAUCAUCAGUGACUUCGCCCGUGGUGGAGGAGCUAUCUGGAGGGGGCCGUGAUGCAGAUGGAAAGAUAGACGGCAGUUUGCAUGGGCGCACUAAGACAAAUGGAUUGUUCGUAAACGGACCUGGAAAGCAGAAGCGUGGUCGAACUGGACCAAGAGAAGGCAAGAGGAUCAAGCAAGUUACUGAUCAUGGACAAGACGAAGAGGAUGACAUUGACGGCUUCCUUAAAUAGGAGAGCUUAAAAUAUUCGGUGACGGGUAAAGAAAGUGGGUUCAUUUUUCUACCACCAGCUUACUUCAUACUACUCUAGAAACCAUAUUCAACAAUCAAAACAUUUUCUUUGAGAGGGGGGAUUCUCUCGGAUUCGGGUUUGGGAGGGGACUGUAUAUCCUAACUAGCUGAAGAUAGUGGAUACAGUUGUUUUAGACCAAAGCUUCUGAUCAUCCAUUACAACAUUCGCACAUAAUUUUUCUUGUUCACUCAAGUGAGCAAAUGUCUGCUGUACAUAACUCCUUCAAAUGGUGAAAUCUGCAUUUAGCGUGAACUGCACUUAGUUUUUCCUGGUUUGUUA